AUGACGGACGACAGCGCGCACCCGAUGCAGACGCAGUCGUACGUGAAGCUGAUGCUGCACGCCGCAAAGCGACCGGCAAACUCCGCGUGUGGCCUUCUGCUGGGUCAGAAACAGGGCCACGGAUUCACUGUAUCGGACGCCAUGCCACUGUUUCACCACGAAGCUCCGCUCGCGCCGCUGCUGGAGGUGGCGUGCGCGAUGGUGGAGGCAUUUUGCCAAACGGAUCCGAACUUGGCCAUUGUGGGCUUUUAUUAUGCCGAAAAUGGACAUUCUUCGUCUGAUUCUGGUACUGGACUCAGCCAUUUUGCCGAAAAAGUGGCGGACAAAGUAGCGCAACAGUGUGCGCAGGCUUGCGUCCUAUUGGUGGACCGUCAGCAGUUUGGCCACGAGACGAAAACGGGGCUGCAGGUGCUGCGAAAGGACGCAAAGCGCGGCUGGUGUCGGGCCGAGACCCGUGUGCAGGUUGCAGAAGGGGCUGCACAAGUGCUGACUCAGGGACUGCAGCAGAAUGUACAGGAGCAUGUGGUGGACUUUGAGGAGCACCUGGAAGAUCCCAGUAAGGAUUGGCGGAACCCGCACGUUGUCGACUUGCUCAAGCUGAACGUAUAG